GCCAAUAGUAAAUAGACGGAAAUAAAUCAUUUUAUUCGAUAGAAAAAAAAAAUAAACACGUGAAUAAUUUAUAAAUUACACGUUCUGUAUAAGAAAUUAGUUUAGUAUUAAUUGAAAAUGGAAGAAUACGCUCGGGAACCAUGUCCAUUUAGAAUUGUCGACGAUUGUGGGGGGGCUUUUGCUAUGGGUUGCAUCGGUGGCGGCGUAUUUCAAGCAAUCAAAGGAUUUCGUAAUGCACCUUCUGGCAUGAAUAGGAGAUUGAUCGGAAGUAUAAUUGCUGUAAAAACUCGUUCCCCUGUUAUAGCAGGAAAUUUUGCAGUGUGGGGCGGUAUGUUUAGUACUAUUGACUGCACACUUGUCCACUUUCGGAAAAAAGAAGAUCCAUGGAACUCAAUAAUAAGCGGUGCAGCAACUGGAGGGAUAUUAGCUGCGAGAAAUGGUGCGGUUUGUAAAAGUUUUACUACAAUUGGUUCUAUUACGUUUACCGUUACAGUCGGCACAUAAUUUAUUCGUACACCC